CGAUUCAGAUCGCAAAUAUCGCCCGCGGCCGUUGGAAGUGUUCGCACGCGUACACAACGUACUGUAAUAUUAUAUUAUAGUCGUUUUGACUCGCGUUUUCCGUUUUUUUCCCCUUUUCACAUCACGACGUCGAGAUACUAUAUUAGUAAAUUUAUAUUAUUAUUAGAUACUCCGGGUCGUAACUGCUAACCGCCGAAAACGGUUUUAUUUUUCUCCUUACCGAUUUUCGGUCGGCCGUUUUUCGAUUUGUUCGCGGUUCUGUCGAUUUAUUUUUAUUAGUCUAUUACCGUAGCGACAACGUUAACCGUACGGCAAAACGACGAGUGACGACGAUAACGACAACGAUAUUAAUAUUAAUAUUAUGAACGCGGACGGCGCGACCGCAGCAACUACAGCUUCGACUAGGACAGACGACGACGACGACAGCAACGGCGACAAACGCGCCGCCGCACGAAAAGGCGUUAUCACCCAUUAACGUCGCUAAAAGCGGUCGUAGCAAGUUUCAGUAGUCUCCUCGUUAAAGAUACAAUUUUUCCCACUCCCGGGGCAAUCCGACGUUUUGUGAUAACGAUUGUUAUUGUUAUUUGUUAUUAUGGUCGUGCGUGUCCGGACGUGUCGAACGGUAGUUACUUAGUUAGGUAGAGACCAGAAAGGUAGGCACACAGAUACUUUAGAUAGGCCCGUAUUGGAUUUCCGUCCGUCGAUCUAUCGAUAGUCCGUAGUUGUAGGUGUAAUAUAAUAUUAUUACGUAUUAUAGCAAUAAAUCAUAGCCGUCCGCUUCGGCGGGAUCGAUAAUAUCGGCGGGUGCGUGCGCGUGUCGGCCGCCGUCGAUGAACGAAGUUUUCGGAAGUUUUUUUCGCGUAAAAUCUACGACAUGGAUACGUGCGUGGACCCUAACGUACCGCCAUGGAAGUUGGAGCUGAUAAACAGGAGGCGGUCGAGGAACAAUCAAUCAAAGUGUGGCGGUGGCGGCAGCAAUAACGAACAACUGCAGGUAAAACCAGUUCAAUGGACCUGGUCCCCCCCCACCGCUCAACACUUUCUCCAGCAGCCGAACGCCGCCGUCGCCGCCCAGAUACCGAUGCCGCCGCCGCCGCAUCAGCAGCAGCAGCAGCAGCCCACGACAGUCGUAGUCGGCACCGCCGUGUGUCCCACCAGCAUGAGGCUGUUCAAGUGCGAGGCCACCGCUAUCAUGACCAAUUUCAAGAAAAACCCGCAGAUCAACCGCUGUCGAUCAAAAUUCAAAACCAAACCACAGAUCAUCACCGAAAUCACCAAUGGCCUGGACUACCAUUCAGAUUCCAGCGAGGAGUUUAAGUACGGGCCGGGCAUCGUGAACAAACUCAAAUCUAAGUACAUGAGCAUGACGGUGCGCGAACAAAAACCCAGGCCGUCGUUGCGCCGGUCCACCAGCAUGGACAACAUCGUUGACGACAAGCGACUCCUCGAUAAACCCAAACACUAUUCGCAGCCGGACGUUGUCAGUAUGGCAGCGACUGCCAAGAGCGAUACCAUGAAGCGUGCCCGUUCCAUGGAGACCCUGUCAGAUCCCCAUUCAGUCAACGCUAAUGGCUACAUGGACGAACAACAGCCGAAAACAACAAAUGGCGAUUUGCCGCCACCCGAUGUCGUCAAGACGUAUAAAAAAAUAUUUGAAACUAAGACGCAGACCGAACUGAAACCCAUCAAGAUAAAGCCUGCAAUUUUACCUAAGCCAAUGAUGAGUCCAGAUAAAUCACGUCCGGCUAGAAUGAACAAAGCACCAUUGAAGAAAAUGUCCCCACCUAUUAAAUAUCCAAACAGAUUAAAAAAGAAGGAGACAUUGGGUUUUGAUCGUUCCAAAUCAUUGAUUAAUGAUGAAGUUAGUUCUAGCCAAGAUGAAUCAUCUAUGUCAUCUGAUGAUGGUGGAUCACAAAGACACAGGGUUUCUAUUAAAACUGCCAUUACUGCAACAGCUAUUGAUAAUAAACCAAUAUCAAUACAAACCAAGCAGAUAUGUGUUAUCAGACCAACAACCAGAACUAUUUUGCAGCCUGAAGAAACUACAAAUGCUCAAUUGUCUGAUAAAGAAAUAGAAAACAAAUUUAUAAACAACAAUAAUAAUAAUAAUACUAAUAAUACCAAUGGUGAAAAACGAAUAAGUGGCUUGUGGGAUAAGAAACGUUGGGAUAAUCAUGAAAACAGUGUAGUUUUCAAUUUUGUUAACAGAAAAGGAGUACCAAAUUAUAUUGAUAGUGAAGGUCCAAUACAAAGAAGAGACAAUUCUUAUGGAGUUAAAGAUGGCUGUAUCAUGUUGGAUGCACAUUGUGAAGAAUCAAGUACUGAUGAUAUUGAUAAUAUAAAUAGUGAUAAUUAUGUCAUUUUUGUUGGUGACAAUAUUAUAAUUGGCCGUUCAAAUCUUCGAAAAGAAAAUACAUCAACUCCAAGAAAAGACCUCCACAUAAAAUUCUCCGACGUACUCGAAACGACGCACGAAUAUCCGUCUGAAGCAUCGAUGUUGAUUGAAGAGGAAACGACAAAAAACGACGAUUCUACGACCAUGUCGCCAAAAAGUAAAUUUGGCAAUUACAUUCCAAGUAAAUUGGGCACGAACGAAGAAGCGUUUCUCGGUGAGUACGGUGUGAGCAGGAGUAAUAUGAAACCCGUAAAACGUGUGGUCGAUAAAAAUGAAGAAGACAUGUCAGUGAUGGACACAUAUGUGCCCUGGAGUGAAGAAACUACACCCGAUCUCUUGUUUUGAGUUCCUAAUCUUUAUAUUUUGUAUUGUAUGAGCUCAAUGGUGUUUUUUCCAAACAAUAUAAAUUAAACGGGAAAAUCGA